GCGCGAGUCUGUUAUCACAACAGAUACACACUCUCUCUCUCUCUCUCUCUCUCUGGUUCUCUUUACAUUUCCAGAUGAAGAAGGAAGAAGCACAAAGAUCAAAAUUCAAAACCCCUCGAGAUUUCGCUCCCAUCUCUCACUGUUUCUCUGUAACCACGCCAGCCCAUUUCUUUUUAUAAUACACUCUGCCCCCAAGAACUCAGAAAUCCAAGAAAUCAGCGAAUCUCGAGACACAAAGUUCUGUUUCUUAAUUGUCCCUCUCACUCCUAUUGGUUGAUGACGGUUUCCGUUUCAGUUUUCACUCAGGGUCUCCAAGUUCCGUUGACUUCCCAGGUGAUUUCUCCGUUUCCUCUGUGAAUCUCGGGAGGAAUUUGCAUUUCGGGGUGAGCUCUAUCACUGGGUAGUGACGAUUCGAUUUCGAUGCUUUCCUGAGGGGUUUUCCUUUUCCUUUCCGUUGAUCAGUAGGGUUUCAAUGGUCUGGCGAAUCUAAUUGAGAGGGGCGAUGAGUUGAAAAAACGAUAGAGUGAAAGUGGGGGAAACUCGGAAGAUGGUGCUGUUGUUCAAAUCGAGGAUAAAAUGGAUAGUUCUAGUGGUCUUGAUGCUAUCGACUGGAUCCCUAAUCGUUCACUUCUCCAUUACCAAGUUCUCCACCACUAAUUUGAUUCAGUACACUGCCGUCCCUGCUCUCAGCUUCGAUUUGCCUACCGCUUCCCCUGGAUCAAAGAGAGUUAUACCAGCUAGAAACAAGAAAUUGUGGGGUCCUGUUAAGGCCUUGGAGUCGUUGCAGCCUUAUGCUAACCCGAGAACAAUUUACCCUGUACCAAGUGAGAAGAGCAAUGGUUAUAUAUAUGCAAAGGUUUAUGGUGGCUUUUCAAAUAUAAGAUCUUCGAUAUGUGAUCUUGUCACCAUAUCCAGGCUUCUAAAUGCUACUCUUGUCAUUCCAGAGAUUCAAGAUAGUCUCCGCUCCAAAGGCAUUAGUUCCAAGUUCAAGAGUUUUUCUUAUCUCUAUGAUGAGGACCAGUUCAUAGCUUCACUGAAAAAUGAUGUGAGAAUUGUGAAGACCUUGCCUGAGAAUUUGAAGACGGCGAGAAAGAGGAAUGAGUUUCCUAUCUUUAAGCCCAAAAGUUCUGCUACUCCAAGUUUCUAUAUCAAAGAAAUUUUGCCUAAAUUGAAGAAAUCGAAGGUUGUUGGUCUGAUUCUUGCUGAUGGGGGCUGUAUGCAGUCAGUUCUUCCCCCCAGUAUGGGUGAGUUCCAGCGACUGAGAUGCAGAGUCGCCUUUCAUGCUCUUCAAUUUCGCCAAGAACUCCAAGUUCUUGGACGUCGUAUUGUUGACAGAUUGCAAGGUUUGGAUCAGCCUUACAUCGCAUAUCAUCCUGGCUUGAUGAGGGAUACCCUGGCUCAUCAUGGUUGUGCAGAACUUUUCCAGGAUGUGCACACUGAACUUAUACAAUAUAGAAGGGCACAGCUGAUCAAGAGAGGGGUGGUUACUGACAAAUUAAGUGUUGACUCUCACAUACGUAGAGACAACGGCUCAUGCCCACUUAUGCCAGAAGAGGUUGGACUUCUUCUCCGAGCAAUGGGCUAUCGUGCUAAUACAAUUAUAUAUAUGGCUGGGUCUGAAACGUUUGGUGGCCAACGUCUUCUAAUUCCUCUGCGCGCAAUGUUUGCAAACUUGGUGGACUAUACUUCAUUUUGCAGCAAGCAAGAGUUGAUUGAUUUGCUUGGUCCCGAACCUCUAUUGCCUCCAAAUCCGUUUAAACUACCUCCUGGUAAAAGUGAUGAACAACUUAAAGAAGAGUGGAAAAGAGCAGGUCCUAGGCCUCGGCCUUUGCCUCCACCUCCAGAGAGGCCUAUCUAUCAGCAUGAAAAGGAAGGUUGGUAUGGUUGGAUAACCGAAACAGACACUGAACCAGAUCCUUCACCUGCAGAUCUUAGGAUGCAAGCUCACAGGCUGCUUUGGGAUGCUCUUGAUUACAUUGUAUCUUUGGAAGCUGAUGUCUUUUUCCCUGGUUUCAACAAUGAUGGUAGUGGAUGGCCUGAUUUCUCAAGCCUUGUCAUGGGGCAGCGGCUUUACAAGAAGGCUUCCUCUAGAACAUUUCGACCAGAUAGGAAAACUAUCCAGGAAUCUUUCAAAUCUAUUCGAGACGACAUGUACCAUCCUAAGUUCAACUGGACCAUUUCAAUUAGGGAACAUCUAAACAAAAGCUUUGGUGAAGAUGGGUUUGCCUGGCAGUCUCUUAAGUCGAAACCUGCUUCAUUCCUUUCCCACCCAUUCCCAGAAUGCUCUUGUAGAAUGCCACCAUCAGCUGCUGCUGCUGAGGUCCCAACCAUACUGAAGAAAGAUGAGGAUGAGUGUCCUAAAUGGAUGAUGCAGAACAACAAUCAGGAUGGAUCUUCUGAGGCUGUGGCUGGAGAAGGAGCGGCUUCCAAUGAAGAUACCGAGUUGGAGUAUGAAAAUGAGACGAAGGAAGCACAAGAUGAUUCAGAUGCUAGUAGCAAGAGUAGUCUAACUCUAGCUAUUAACCAAGAUGAUGAAUGGGAUCCCAAUGACUAGAAAGUGGAAACAGCAGGAUACUCUGUUCUUUGAUUUUUUUGAAGGUGAUGGUGGUCAGUGCUCGGUAGUCACUAUCCGGCAGCAGAAUCCAUUCUGGAAUGAGAAUUUUGAGAACACACAGAGCUAUUAGCUAUAUAUACGCGAAAGGGUCUCUUUUUUGGGUUUGUUCUCUUUUGUCUUGCAGAGAAUAAGUAUUCAUUUUUUGCUUUUGUUUUCUGUAAGUAGAUUGAAGUAAAGGAAAUACAGAGCCCUAGUUCUAGUCACAGGAGCAGAAGAGAAAGAACAAAAGAAAUUCUUGUACACCAUUAAUAUAGAAAAGAGUUCUUG